AUGAGUGUCUCGGCCAACAAAUUGACUCAACUUUUUCUCACGUUAUUCCUAUGGGAACUGGCCGUCAGUACAGCCGCGGCAGCCGAUAGUAAGGACUGGAAAAAUGCGAAAACACUGUACGAGUUCACUGGCGUGAAGGACAUUGACGGCAACGAUGUCAAUAUGGGGAAAUACAAGGGCCACCCGGUGCUGGUGGUGAACGUGGCGUCCAAUUGCGGCCUAACCGACACAAACUACCGGCAACUGCAAGCCCUGUACGCCCAGUACGAGCCCAAAGGGUUACGUGUGUUGGCGUUUCCCACCAACGAGUUCCUGAGUCAGGAACCGGGCACUAAUACCCAGAUCAAAGAGUUUGCCCACACGUAUAAUGUGACGUUCGAUAUGAUGGCCAAGAUUAAAGUGAAUGGUGACGACGCCCACCCCCUGUACAAGUGGCUAAAAGAGAAACAAGGUGGUUAUCUCGGGUUCGAUGGGAUCAAGUGGAAUUUCACCAAGUUCCUAAUUGACCAGAAAGGGAUCCCCAUUAAACGCUAUGCGCCGACCAUUUCGCCGAACGACAUCGAGUCCGACAUUAAGUCCCUGUUAUAUAAGGAGUUGUGAUAAAUACGCGUACAAAAUGCCAAUACACGUCUCAUAAAUUUUUUUAAUGAC